GCCUAGUAAGUUAUGUUUCGCUUUUGCCAGUGGAUACUGCCUUCACUUCUCGGGCUGUCAGAGAGGUAAAAUCACCGUUCGGGUAGCUGGAGGCUGACAGCAGACCAUCACAGAACAUAACCAUGAGUCGGUGGGCUGCCAUUCUAAAGCUGAGUGAUGUAUACCGGGAGAAGGUCAUGGGUCUCUACAGCCAGGAACUAUUUACUAUGGAGGUGCGACAGUACCUGGCUUCUUGGAUUGAAUCCCAAGACUGGAAACAGGCAGCUAGAGACCCGUCCUUAGCUAAUUUCCAAUUUCAGAAUCUACUUGAGCAUCUGGAUAUCGAGUACAGACGAUUUACUCAGGAGCAGGAACUACUCCAGCAGCACAACUUCCGCAGAUCUAUAUGUGGCAUCCAGGCUGAAUAUCAGGCAAAUCCUCAAAAGCUUGCAAAGAUAAUCCAAGACCUUUUAAUGCAAGAAAAGCAAAUCCUGUCAGAAGCCAGAGAAGUGCAGCACCAGACCCGACAUCCUGCCCAGGUUUCAAUUGAGAUAGGAAGACAGCGUGAGAUUGAGCAGCAUGUAAUCGAACUAAAAGAAAGGGUGCUGUCCAUGGACAAUGAAGUGAAAUAUUUAGUGGAUACGUGGGAAACAUUUGAAUUCAAGAACAGGAACUAUAAUAUAGUAGCAAGAUCACACCCAAAUGACCAACAUUUAAAGAAGAAGAGUGAUGAGCUGCAGAUUCUGUUGAAUGAACUGGACAGAAAGCGCAUGGAGUUACUGGAUCAAAUAAAGUCUCUCCUUGGAUUGUGCGAGACACUUGUUAAAUUCCUGCAGAAGGAACUAGACGAAUGGCUGUUGAAGCAGAAACUGGCAUGUAUUGGGGCCCGCAAAGAAAUGACUCUCAAGUUGCUUCAGGAGUGGGUAACUAAGACUGCAGAGUGUUUUUUCCAGCUCCACAGUAUUUUCAGGAAUCUCCCAUCCCAAAUCUCUUAUGAAGACGAGCCACUAAAAACUUAUCUCCCCAACCUAAUAAAGAGGCUGAAUGAAUUGCUGUCCUGUCUUCUCCAGAGAUCCUUUGUGGUAGAUCGACAGCCAAUCGUGGCCUAUCUGUGUAAACGCCCCCUUGUGUUAAAAACCAGCACAGCGUUUUCUGUGAGGGUCAGGCUGCUUGUGAAUCUACCUAAACUUAAAGACAACAUGAAGGUCUCUUUCUGUGUGGAUAAGAAUCCGCCCAAGAUUAAAGGCUAUCGGAAAUUCAAUUUGCUUGGAACACAGAAUAAAGUCAUGGAAGAUCUCCAAGGAGAAGGCCUAGUGGUGGACUUCAAAGACUUGAAACUGAAAGAACAGAAAGCUGGUAGUGGAGGCAAGGGGGGAAAAGGUGCAAAUGAGGGAUCACUUAGUGUCAUGGAGGAGCUCCACCUCAUUACUUUUACCAUGGAUUUUAACUAUGAGGACCUGAAGCUGAAACUGGAGACUGUCACCUUGCCCUUUGUAGUGAUCUCCAAAAAUAAUCACUUCGGUGUUGCAUGGGCUUCAGUACUUUGGUUUAAUUUGACAAGUUCUGACUCCAAGGAUUUAAAUUUUUUCUCAAAACCCCCAAUGGCUUCCUGGCAGUUGCUGAAAGAAGCCCUGAGUUGGCAGUUCUCAUGCACUACUAAGCGCGGGCUGGAUGCAGACCAGCUGGCAAUGCUGGGGAACAAACUCUGUGAGGAAACUCCCAGAGAAGACAGCACUGUGUCCUGGAACAAAUUUUGUAAGGAGAAUUUGCCCCAUGUUUCUUUCUGGGUAUGGUUCGAUGCUGUUCUUACCCUGGUAAAAGAACAUUUAGAAAACAUCUGGAAUGACGGGCACGUGAUGGGGUUUGUAAGUCGCAAGAAAGAAGAGACUCUGCUGAAGGCUGAGAUGUCAGGCACGUUUCUCCUUCGCUUUAGUGAGACCGUUUGUGGUGGAAUCACGUGCACCUGGGUGGAACAGAAAGAUGAUGGAUCUUACUCUAUCCGUUCUGUCCAACCAUACACCAUGAAGGAGCUCUCCUGUAUCCCACUCACUGAGAUCAUCAGGAACUAUCAGCUUUUGGUUGAUGAAAACAUCCCUGAGAAUCCUCUGAAGUAUUGUUACCCUAAUAUACCAAAGGAUGAAGCUUUUGGGCCAUAUUAUGAGCAGAAGCCUGAAUUAACCCUGAAAUAUGAAAAGUACCUCCAGCGCAAACUGAUUAUUGUCUCUACAAGGCAAGUGGAUGAGUUGGAGAGUAAUCUCUCCCCUAGAAUGUCUGAAAAUAAUGACAUGGAUGAAUGGAAUUGCACCAUUGACGACGAAUGCUUGGCAGGUAUAGCCAUGAAUAUUGACAACAUUAUGAUAAAUGCUGAAAGUGACCCAAUGCUGCCAGUUUCGCCUGUAGAUUGAUGGAGCACUGUCUUAAAGAUGGAUAUUGAAUAAAACCAGCAACUACUCAAGACAGGGGCUCAUAUGUCUUCUCCUGUCUUCGCAUACUGAGCUUGUCCUUUCAGCCAUUUUCAGCUUGUAAACUGUGCAUGAUCAAUAAGCCACUAUUAGACCUGAGAAGGAUGUUCCCCUCAUAUCAGUAUUCCAGUAAUACACUGAAACAUUGAAUAUACAAGUUAACCUACAGUUAAACUAGCAGUUCAACACAUUUCAUUUGAACAAAAAGGUUGAGCUUCUUGUAAGCAUGUUGUUCUUAGCAUCAUUCUUAGCUUCUAUUUUAAUAUGCAAAUCGUUGUAGGGGCUAGAAAUGGGGUUAGAUAUCACUUGUACAGCUAUAAAGGCCAGCAUAUUGUUUAGCAUUACUCUACAGAUCACAAGCCAGUUAGCAGAGAUUAUGAAUAUACAGUAUUAGGCUAUAUCUAUAAAGCUUGUCUCACACUUUGCAUUUUCUCAGCUGUUGGAAAAACGCCAGUGGAGAAAAUGUCUUAGAUCCCUGUGUUCUGUGAUCUUUGUAAUACAUCUGCCUGUCAGGGUUCAUACAGGGCACAUUUUGGACCAAAAACACACACUUGUGUGUUUUCAGGGCUAAAUCUGCUCCACGGUUGGAUUUCAAUUAAAAGAGAGAUGAAGCAGAGGAUUCUGGGAGAUGGAGCUCAGUAAGCCAUACACUGGCCAACCUUUCAGGGUGUCCAUGCUGAAAAUAUGAAUACUUUAGAACUGGCCAUAAACAUGGAUGUUCUGUUACUUUUGGACCGACCCAAAUAAUCGGACUGGAUAUGCACAUGCCCAGAUUGUGCACCCACUGGAAAGGUGCAAUGGCAAAUUAAGUUUUCGGUUUGGGCAUAUUAGCUGCAAUGCAACAGGAUUACAGGAUGGUCUGUCAAAACCAACCCCAGAGCUGACAUACAUGCCCAGUAUGGGAAAUAUGGUGUUAAUUGUCUGGCCAAAUCUGGGAAUGUAACAGAUGGAGGGGUGCAGCUAAGGUUUAUAUUUAGACCAUCUGCAUUUAAAUAUUACCUUUUGCAUGCAAUAAAAAAUUAAACAAUAAGCAGGGGACCUAUAAAUGUUACCCACUGAUUGGUUGCCAUAGGCGAUUAGAGCUGUAGCAAACGUUGCACCUUUUAUUGCAUAACCCUUAGUGAACUGUUUUUAACUAUUUUGAAUGCAUCCCAUUAGUUUCCAGUUCAAAUCAUGGUGUUUUUGUAUUUGCACUAUUUGUCAACUUGUAAUGUUGUAGGUACUUUGUAGGUAGCCCUUUGUCUAUUGCAAACAAGCUAUCAGUUAUAACAUUAAACACAAGCAAAUUGAUCAAGU